CCUUUUUAUUUCACAAUGCAGUACGUACUACUUACGUAUGUAUACUAUUCUCAUCAAGACUAGACCCCAAAAGACAGGUACAAUUGAUCAACAGUAGUAGCAUUGCUAGAAUCCAAGCAACGUACCGCUGUACCCGUUAUUGCGUUUUACAUCUAUCUUUUGAUGCAGUCCCUUUACUGGUUUGACUGUGUAAAUCAACUAAGAUGGCGGAAUCUCAACCGGUUGCAACUGCUCUUGCAGGAGAUUCGUGUAACCCUGAGCUGUCUAAUGGAGAGGAAGCAUCGGUUGCUAUGGACCAAGACAAACAAGGCAUCAAGCGUCCAGCAGAGCAGCAGAUAGGACCUGAUGAUAUCAAUAAAGAAUUCAAACCAGAAGAACCAGGGGAAUUCCCUAAGGCUGAUGAUGAUGUCAUAGCACAGAGAGCUGUCUUUGCCCCAAGUGCAUUUCCAACAAUGGGGGAGGAAGAUGAUAAUGCCAUUGAUGAUGGUUUUAGCAAGCCUACUUUCAGACUCAACCCACCUACCCUGAUCCAUGGACAGGCUAAAUCAGCUCCUACAUCAAAUUCAGAUGGUGAGGAGAAAGAGAAUGAAAACAAACCAUUAUUGAGACCUUCAGCACUCAAUAACCAUGGAAAAGAUGAAGGAGGAGAGGAGAAGCCCGUCAACCCAAUGCAGCCCGAUGGAGCUCACAGUGUACCCUUCGCAAUGGCAGAGAACAAUAGUAGUGAAACAGAUAACGAGGCGAACAAAAGGACUAAAUUAUUCCUACCUUUCACCACCCGUGAUACAAGUGAAAGAGACUUGGGUUUUGGUGUGUUUGGCAAGUUCCGUGAUAGUGCUUAUAGGAUUGGAUUCACGGAGCAGGAUUGCCAUGGUAACGCUUCUAAUUCAGCCGAUAAAGAACCCGAUCCUGUCAGCCACGAGGGAGCGACGCAAGAGAAUUACUUCAAGCAGUUUGCAAGUAAACAUGACACCCGAGAUUUGAACAGUUCUGGAGACAGUCCAAGCAGUCUAUCAAGCUCAUCAGGAUCAUCAUUCCUUUUCGGACAAAACAUGAAUGAAAGAGUAACGAGUCCUAACAGACAAGAAGGAGAAUUACAAUCAGCUGGUGAAUUAGUGUUUGGUAACAACCUUGCUUCAAGAAUCAAGAGUGAUGGCUUUAAUGAAACAUCCCCUGAGAAAACCAAAGAACAACAAACAUUAGCCGAGAAUGCAAGCGCUCUGGAGGAGGCCAGGGAGAGGAUGAGGAGAAAGUUUGAGGAUGUUGAGAGUGUGACGGGAGAAGAAGAUGAAGAAAACGUUGUUCAGUCCCAUGGUAAGCUGUUUGUAUUUGACAAUGUGAAGAGGAAUUGGCUAGAGAGAGGGCGUGGUCAGAUCAGAUUGAAUGACAGCCGUCAAUCAGCACCAGACUCCGCCUUCCAAUCAAGACUAGUGAUGCGUACCCAGGGCAGCUUGCGUCUGAUUCUCAACACUAAGAUCUGGAGCGGAAUGACGAUAGAGAAAGCCACCAAUAAGAACCUACGUAUAUCUGCAAUGGAUGCAGAAUCUGACACAAUUAAAGUCUUCCUUAUUACGGGUACCCCUAAGGAUAUAGAGCAGUUGUUUUGUGCGAUCGAGUACCGAGUACAAGCAUUGAAGCAUGUAGAAGAAUCCGAGCGAUCGGACGUGGAGGAGGGGCAGACGGGAGCGCAAGAUACCAAAGAUGGAGACUAUGAUGAGGAGGAUGAGGACGAGGAAGACGCAGAGGAUGACGAUGAGGAUGAUGAUGAGGACAGCGAGGUGGCGAAGAUCUGUUCUCGUGAUAGGAGUAAACCAACAUCUCCCAAGAGCACUGAAGGCAACAGUGCAUCGGCUUCACCAUCGUUACAUCCAGAGGAGUCAUGAGCUGUACUGCAGGGGGGUGUUUCUCAAAACUGGUCAUCAGUGACACAUGGCAGUUGCUGUGAUAAGCUACUGUAAUCCUUGCUUCUGAUUGGUUAUCAGCAGAUUUGUCACUGAUAUUUGUCAUUAGUCAUUGAAAAAAGGCUUUGUGAAACGGGUCCCAGGUCUAGCUAGUCUGCAUUCUCACUUGGAUUUUAAACUCGGGGACUUUUCAUUUAGGGGGAAGAUAAAAUAACAUUCAGAGAGAUUAUGAAGCUGGGCAUUAUGUUUGUUGUAAUGUAAGUAUAGCUUGGUUGUCGUUCAUCCUUCUGAUGACCGGAGGAGAUGACCACUCUCAUCACCUGGGGGGCCUUUCACAAAACUUGUCAUCAGUGACAAAUGACAGUUUUUGUUAUAAGGUACUGAAAUCCUUGCUUCUGAUUGGUUAUCAGCAGAUUUGUCACUGAUUUUUGUCAUUUGUCAUUGAAAAAAAGGCUUUGUGAAACGGGUCUCAGUUUCAUCACUGGGUCCAUCAGGUUUGUCGGUUUGGAGGUGGCUGUAGAGGCUUAUUUAAGACACAAGUCUUCUUGGGCAGUGAGGACAAGCCCACAGCUUGGCUAUGCUUAUCAUUUCAUCAUUAUAACUUAAAUUAUUCUAAAAGCUUGAUUCUAAAACUCAUAUUCUAGUUUUAAUCAGCUGCCAAAGAGGACUGACCAAUCACAAUUUCAGAAAUUCCUAUGCAUUUUGUAACAAGUUUCAGUAUGCCAUAUGGGAUACAUGCUAUGGCAAUAUUUUCUUUAACAACUAAUCGCCAGAUUGGCGAGAUUGCUCCAUGGUACAGCGGUGGUCUCGUAACUGGGAGGACUCGGGUUCGAAACCAAGUUGAUUUGCUAGUACCCUGUGGUAAGGCAUCAAUCCUCAUUACCAAGUCCCUCUGAGAGGACUUAAGGCCAUCAGUCCCCUUGUUGCUUACUUACAAGCAUACACAUAGCCGUCAAGUAAUGUAGACCCCCAAUUAAUCAAACCAUAGUGUCAUCUGGGAUACAAGAAUAUGAGUAUAAAAUCCAUUUCUUGAUUCAAUAGGUCAUUCAAUUAGAAAAAUCAUAGGACUAGUUGUGAAUGGUUGAUAUUAAUCUACUGUUUGUGUAUCUUUGUGUUUCUCCAUUAUCACUCAACAUUCCAGUGCUCCCCGGGGAGUGGAGAAUGUGCAUACAUUGUAUGCGGGUAAGCCUGAAUCCGAUGACGGGGGUAAUAAUAUAUCUGUAAAGUGCUUAGAUACAUUGUUGUAUCAAUGUUUUAUUCAUCCUAAAAACUAAAGGGAUUUCACUUUAUCAUCAUGAAACUUUUGAGGACCAUUGCAAAAGUUGCAUAAUUUUAUGGGUAUACCAAAGGUGUUCAAGUUAUUUAACUAUAAGGAAUAUGAAAUCAGAUCAAAUCCUUUUUUUACCAAGAUUCAUUUUGUGAAUGAACUAUUCCAAGUACUGAGUGAUAUAUGAAAAAUCACAUUUUUGUUCAGUUUUACAUUUAGUACAUAUAAACCUUGUAAAGAAUUAACCACAAGAUAUGAUACUAUGCAGCAAUGGGUACCAAAUGACUGAUAUGUAGUUAAAAAUGUUGAUUUUAGAAGUCUAUUUAUCUCAUUUCAUUAUAAAAUUGUCCUCAUAAAUUUUGUUUACCAGUAUUUGUAAAUUUUCUUUAUAUUUUGAAGAAGAUUGGAUAUCAAAGUAAAUGAAUUUUCUCUUCAGCUUGUUUUGUAUUUCUUUUUUCUACCUAAUAGAUAAAGCAGUACUAGUUUGUAUUGUCUAUUGCUAGUACUGUGGACACAAAAUAAAUAGA